CCAAGCUGGACUGUGGCCCUGUGGGGAAGAAUCGCUGUACGAGGAUUAACGCCGGGCAUUAAAACUCACAUUGAGCCUUGUGAUUUUCACCCAUCCUGUCCCGGAACAUUUCUCUGUGAGCCUGUCACACUGGGUUUCAUCGUCUGCUAACAUGAACAUGAACAUCUCUGGGAUCCAUCGUGGGACGCUCAGGAUGUACGGUGGAUUCAUUUUUAAGCAGUGGAAAAAGAGGUUUCUGCUGCUCACAGCUGAGGGCAGUCUUCUUGUCUGCCAUGAUGUGUCGUCUCCUCCUGACCAGCUCGUGCUGCUGCAGAGCAGUUGUGAGGCGAUUGUGGAAGGAAAGGAGAUCCUCGACCUGCCUAAAUUACCAUCGGGCGGAUGCAGGGAUUGCUGCUUCGCUCUGAUCCUCCCCCAGAACAAGUACCUGCUGCUGCUGACUGACACACCUGCAGAGUGCAGUCAAUGGGUGAAUGUGCUGAAAAAAGUGAAAAAGAGUCUUUCAUCACCUCUCAGCCCCUGUAAGAGACAUCAGGUUCCACCGCAUAUUUCGCUGCACGACCUGGUGCCUGAGCAGAUCCUGGACAAAGAUCAACCAUCUCCACCUGUAAGUGACAGAAGGUCAACCUCCCCAGGACCCAUGACCUGUGCUUCCCCGAGGGAGAAAGGCAGGAAUUCUCCCCGUAAGAAGUAUGACAAAGGAAGUCCACAUUCCAUGAGAUGCCUGCGUCACGGCACCAUUAGUAACACGGAGGCAGUGAGAGCGGUUUAUCUGCUGAUGGGAGGGGCUGCUGCUUCUUCUGCUAUGGGUUACCUCGGGGCAUGCUCACCCUCUAAUCUGGAAGCCAAAGCUCCUGACCUGCCAGUCAGCGCAGAUUUCUCUGGUUUGGGACCAGCAGGAACGUACCACACCAGCAGCCCGGCACUCGACUCCCCUCACUAUAACAGCUUUGACUUUGAAGUGGCAGACUCUGAUUUUGAUGCUUUUGAUUGUGGUGGGUUUACUUUCUAAUGAUGUGCCGCUUGUAGGCUAGGACUAUGAACGGUUUUAAUGAUGCGUACGUUGUAUUGCAUCAUGACCUCUCAGAUUGACGGAAUCAUAAGAGCAGUUUCAAUCCAUGAAGCUUUUUAGGAGACUUAUAUCCUUUUAAGGUUUAUUACAGAAGCUAUUGACAAGCUGGUGUUACCUGCAGUAUUGAUACAUUUAGCAGUUAG